AUGAAGCAAGCCCAACAGGUAACCUGGCAACUACCCUCCCCAGCCGAGGGUAAGGUGGAGAUGGUGCAGUUCUGCAGAGUUGGCUGUGAAAAUAUCCAUGAGAACAGUGAUUGUAGCACAUCAGAAACUGGGAGUGUCUCUCAGCAGCCUGUGGCAAGCAGUGUAGGCGCUACAUACAUCACCCUGAAAUGGAAGACAGGAAACUCCAGUGAGAGUCUCUAUGUGAUACAAUGGAGAUACACAGAGAUCCCUGGAGACUGGAGCAGUACAGAGCCGGUGGGUGGCUCCAGGUACAACGUGACAGGCCUUCACCCAUACACAGAGUAUGUUUUUAGAGUGGGGUGGUUGGGCUCACCCAGCUUCUGCACACUCUCCUUGGACAGCAGGCCAUACAGAACUGCAGCGGCCGGGGUGCCCUCCUCUGCCCCUGAGGUCUCCUCUCUGGACAGCCCCAGCCCCAGCUCUGUGUUUGUCAGGUGGAUGCCCCCCUUGUUCCCCGGUGGUCCUGUGACUGGGUACUUGCUCCAACUCAGGAAUGACAAGGAGAGCUUCUACAGGGAAGUCAGUGGGCAGCGACAAAACUACACCUUCCACUUCACAAAACCAGCCACCACAUACAGGUUUUCGGUUGCGGCGCGGAAUAGAGAAGGCCUUGGACCAGCUGCUCUUUCCAAUAUAACCACUGUGGCACAGCCAGAGCAGAGUCUCCACCCCACCCUGUGGCUGUCGCAGCACUCUGUUAUGUACAGAAGUGAGCCUGGGAACCUGGAAGAUGUUGCUUGUGUUAAAGCUGAUUGGAUCACUCACAACAUCACAGGUAUAUCCGCUGAUCUGCACAGAGAUGAGCUGUUCAUUUCAGACUCUGUAGGCAUCUGGGGUGUGUCCCCUGAGAACCUGGACAACCCUCAUCUGAUUCAUCAGAGCCCUCAAGACCCCAUCAGUGACAUAUCCAUAGACUGGCUCUACAGAAACCUGUACUUUGUGGUGAAUCAGCAGAUUAUGUUGUGUGAUCUCACAGACUGUUCUGCAAAGGUAGUCACUAUCCUUCCACAACCUUCUUUUAAAAUCAUUGCAGAUCCCCUCAAUGGAUAUCUGUUCAUUGGUCUACCAGACGGUAUAUAUUGUAUGGAUCUUCCAUUACAAGGCACCCUAUCUCCCGAGGUAAACCUAUUGAAACCAGUGGUAAAGGACACAACGCUGCUUGCCUUCCAAACUGACCCAGCUUUCAAAAGGCUGCUUUAUCUGAACGGCACUAGAGGAGUGAUCCAUUCUGUCUUCUUGGACGGGACUGGGCUGGUCACAGAGCCCAAGCUAAUGAACAUUGAGUCCAGCGCAGUGAUGGCGAUAGCUUAUGGGGCGGGUGCUUUAACUGUGACCGACGGAAGGAAGGUGUUCACUGAAGAGCUGCACGAGUCUGGCUCGACGCUGAUCGAGGUGUCUGUGGAUUUGUGUGAUGGAAGCCAGGAUUCAGAUUUUGACACCUUGUUUCUGUGGGAUUUGGUAACACAGCCUAUACCUGCUCCACAACACCAGCCUAGGGACUUGCAAGUCCUUCUGGGAAGUGGAUCAGCAGCUUUACAGUGGGGAACACCAAUGAGGGGAAGCAAAGUAGGCCCCAGUGCGUGGGAGCAGUGGCAGUAUGAUGUUCAGGUUGGAGGUGAUGACGGCAGCAGCAGGGUCUUCACUGGGAUCAAUUCCACAUGCCUGUCUGUAGAGGACUUGAAGAGCUCUGGACUGCACAGCUUCAGGGUGCGGGCCAGGUCUCCAGGCGGGGAGGGACCCUGGACUGCACUUUUCAAAGGAACCACACUGCACUCAGGUGUAACCCCUCAUUUUCUCGCUGGAGGCAUCAAUGGAACUUGGAAAAUACAUUUAGACAGAUUUGUCCAUGAAAUGAUUUUGCCUCCUGUUCAGAAUGCUGUAGAUUUUGACUGGAUUAAUGGCUCUCUCUACUGGGUGAAUGCAAGUGGUGUCACUCAUGUUACCAGAAUGCAUGGUUCUGAUUCAAAGACUGUUGUACUGCAUGGUGUCCAGGAGGUGGCAGCAUUGGCUGUAGAUUGGAUUGGCAACACUCUGUACUGGGCAGACAGGAAGACCAACUGGGUGUGGAGGAGCUCAGUGGUUGGCAGCCUCACUGAAAGUGUUGCGGUGGCUGCCGGCAGGGUUAUUGACCUGCAGCUGGACCCCCUGGCAGGCUUUGUGUACUGGAUUACAGCUCACACAGUGGAGGGGGCUUAUUUGAACGGGGACCACCCCAACGUCCUGCUGGAGCUGCCCAGCUUCUCUGGUAAACAGAUCAUGGGUUUAUCUGUGGACUUUGACCACAGAGUCUUCUACUGGGUGACACAGGACAGCACUACCUUUGAGAUCUAUCAAGCAGAUCUGCUGCUAACUGGGCAGAGUAGCAGCAUGAAGCCUGUGAAGAUCUUCUCCUCAGCCAGCAUGCGCAUCUCCAGGCCUGCUCUGCAGUACUGUAGCGGCAGGCUGGUCUGGAUCAAUCAGGAGGGAUCACUGCAGCUCUUGGAAGUGGGGUUGAAGCAGGGCCUCGUUGUCUCUCCUGCGGUGAGGGUCUCCGCUUUCACCGUUGUGCAGCAGAAGCCUCUGCCAGCUGGUUCCUCUACCCCUCCAGAAGUUAUUCCCACACCUGUUCCAGAAUCCUCUUUUCAAAUAAAUGGAAACAUUUCGGAAUUGUGUGUGUCCUGGGAAAAGUCUGGAAAUGUGAACCACGGAAAUGUGAGCUACCUGUUUGAAUCCCGAACCCUCAAUGUGUUUAAGGAACUGAGUGUACCUUUCUAUUGUCUGAGGGGCCUGACACCUUUCCUAGAAUUUGAUGUGAUUGUGAAGCCGUACACCUACUGGGGAUCUGCAGCUAAAACUGCUGCCUUCCUCCGCACCCCAGAAGCUGCACCCUCUGCUCCAGUCAGCGCCAGGGUGUUUGUGAGUCAGUGGCCGCGCUUCCCUGCAAACAUAGCUGACACGGAGGUGGAGUUUCGAUGGGGCCCUCCCUCUCUGCCCAAUGGGGUCAUCAGGGGCUACAGCCUGUACUACAGCACUGGGAACUGUUCACAGGGCGGCCUUGAUAUCCAACAGGCCUCCGCACAAACUCUACCAGCUAGCAGCACCAGCUUCAGCAUUAAACACACUGGCGCCAACCUGCAAUGGCACUAUUGCUUUCAGGUAUCUGCCUUUACAAGUGCUGGCUUUGGUGAGAGAACUGGUGUUGUGAUGGCAAGUGCAGAGUCAGCCCCAGCUCCUUACCUGCUGGUUGUGAGAGACGGGCGCGCUCACCUGCUGGAUGUGGACACGGAGCAGGCAGUGAUGACACUGCCUGUGUCGGCCGUCAUUGACCUGGGCUAUGUGGUUCAGUCACGGCAGCUGUUCUACUUGACUGAGAAUUCAAUUGUGAGCACUGGACUGGACGGAGGCAAUAAAACCCAGCUGACUGACAGGAGCCUGCCUGGGGUUCCUCGAGCUCUCGCAGUGGACUGGAUGGGGAGAAGGCUGUACGUGCUGUCAGGUGAUCCAGACACUACAGGCAGUACCGUAUACCUGCUGGAUCUCGAGCAACAGGACAAGAAGCUGCACAAACUGCUUCACAUCAGCCAGGAGAUCUGUUCCUUCUCAGUGUACCCCAAGAAAAGCCUCUUACUCUGGACACAGGGCUGCUCUGGGAACUCUUCUGUACAGGCGUACAGUUUAGUGGACGGGACGAUUCGAACGCUGCUUGGCCCCGGGUCAGACAGCACUGCGCCAUCUUGCACCUGUCCCAUGGCUGGAGCCCUGCUGUCCGGCGGCCUGACUGUGGACACUGCGGGCUCGGGGGACAGCACGCUCUUCUUCACCACAUGGGACUGGUCAGUCUGGGGGGCUGAUAUCACAGGUUGCAGGUGCUGGAAAGCUUUGAACUUCACUGGGGCUGAAGGUGUCAGGACCCCCACCCUGGCUGCGGAUUCAGUGGCACUGUAUUGGGUAAAUGAAGUUUCCAGCCAGGUGGUUAUUCACAGAGCUGACAAGACAUCAGGCCGGCUUCUGUCUGAACUGUACCAGCUCAAGCCUGUCAGUGUGAGGAUGUAUGAUGGGACAGCACAGGUUUAUCCAGGCCCUGAGUGUCUGGUACCCCUGCCUUACCGGAAUGUGGUGCAGAUUCUAAACAGAACGGACAGCAGUCUGACUCUACACAUCCCCCCGGUGGAGUUUCCUGCACACUGCAGGCAUGUCAGCAAGCCCACCCUCACCUACAUUAUUCACUGUGCUGAGCUGCAGGACAGCGAGUCGAAUGCAACCUGUGUCAGGGGACUGCAGUGCUUCAAACAGGAGGUUCAGUCUAACAAGAUAGAAAUCGAAGGCCUGCACCCGUACACAAGGUAUCUUCUACAGAUCUCAGUGAGAAGCUGGUACGCAGACCUGUCACAACAUCUCGGACCGCCUUUUGUGAAUUGGACAGACUUUGGAGUGCCCUCGGCCCCGGUGAGGGUGGAAGCCACUGUCCUGUCAGACAGUAAGGUGCUUGUGUCCUGGCUGCAGCCCCAGGAGCCCAACGGCCCUCCAGAGGAGCUCCGAUACCAGGUGGAGGUGAACGGGGACACCUGCUGGCCGAAGGCUCCUGUGCGGAUAGAGCAGACUGGAGAGGCUGCACUGAGCUUGGAGCUGGACAGCCUUCACAGUGGAACAGCAUACACCUUCAAGGUGCUCAGCUUUCCACCAGGGGGGGAGAGUUUCAGCAGGAGCAAGGGGGUUGUUGUCUCCACAUUCUCCAGGCCAAGGCCUCCUGGUCUCGUUGCCGUCCGUAACACCACAGCAGAAAUAGUGUGGCAGCCUCCAGAGAACUCUCCACUACACACCUACUACUUCCAGAUCUCAGAGGAUCCCGGCAAUGAAGAAUGGGGUGCAGCUGUGUCUAAUUGUUCUGCCGGUGUAAACGUGAGCUGUGUUAUUGAGGAGCUGAGGCCCUCCAGGCUGUACGCUCUGAGAACCUGUGCUGUCUACUCCACCAAUGUCUCCAGCACGUCCUCACAGAGCCUGUUUCAGACAGCAGCUGGCAUCCCUAGCCAGUCUGACACCCCCGAUGUCAUUCUGGAGGUGGUUUACUGGGCUGAGGCAGAGGACCAUGGUAGCAACAUCACACACUAUGUUCUGGAAGCCAGAAAUGUAGUGAACGCUUCCUCAGGGCUGGGGUCCAGCAGUUCCUCAGAGUGGAUGGUUGUCUUCCAGGGCCCGUGCAACUCCAGCUCCCUGCUGUGCUCUUGGAGGAACCACCAGCUGCGUGGAUCCUUCCAGUUCAGAGUGCUGGCGGUAAACUCUAUUGGCAGAGGGCCAGUGAGCAAACCCAGCAAAGAAUUCACCAUGAAGCCGUACGAGCCCCACGACAGCCUUGUCAUGAUUGUGCUUGGUCCAGUGUGUGCUGUGGUCGUCUUUGCACUCCUUUGCAUAUCCUUAGCAAUAUUUGGACUCAACAGGAAGAGGACUAAUAAGAAAGGAGACAUUGCAACGUUACAUGUGAACUAUAACCCUGACCUGGAGCUGGCUCAGAUCAGGGGCAUGAACACGGCUGUCAUCCAGACCAAUGUGUGGUACACCUCCAGCUUCCUACCAUCCCAACUGGAGCUGGAACUCCUGCCGGUGUUCCCAAGGGAGAAGCUAACUCUCAGAAGCUUCCUGGGCAGCGGGGCCUUUGGGGAGGUGUUUGAAGGCCUGGCCACUGAUAUCCUGGGCCCUGGCAGUGGAGAAGUGAAAGUAGCUGUGAAGACACUGAGGAAAGGUGCCUCUGAUUUGGAAAAGUCUGAAUUUCUGAAAGAGGCCCAUUUAAUGAGUCACUUCGACCACCCACACGUGAUUAAGCUGAUGGGGGUGUGCUUGCAGAACGAGCCCCAGUACCUGCUGCUGGAGCUGAUGGAGGGGAGAGAUCUGCUGACCUUCCUCCGAGGAGCCCGGGGCACGCAGCUUCAAGAUCCUUUGCUGAGCGUCGCAGAUCUCAUUGAUAUUUGUCUGGAUGUUGCAAAAGGCUGCACAUAUUUGGAAAAAAUGCACUAUGUGCAUCGGGACCUCGCAGCAAGGAACUGUCUGGUCUCUGUGAAGGAGUACAGCUGCCCCAGCCGCAAGGUGAAGAUCGGGGAUUUCGGGCUGGCGCGGGACAUCUACAAGAGCGAUUACUAUCGCAAGGAGGGCGAGGGGCUGCUCCCUGUGCGCUGGAUGGCCCCAGAGAGCCUCAUCGAUGGAGUCUUCACAAACUUCUCUGAUGUGUGGUCUUUUGGCAUCCUGAUCUGGGAGAUCAUGACUCUGGGGCAGCAGCCAUACCCUGCCCGCACCAACCUGGAGGUCUUACACUUUGUCAGGACUGGAGGCAGGCUGGAGAGGCCAAGCGGCUGCCCUGAUGAUAUACACCAGCUGAUGCUGAAAUGUUGGACGCGAGACCCUCACAAAAGGCCAUCAUUCCGGUACAUUGACAACUGCCUUGAACACCUGAAAAGAAGCUGCAGUGGCCGCCGUGAUGUUGUGGGCUACUACAAUGAUGGAUACAGGGACAAUGACACCUCCCGGGGUAUUGUCAAUCAAGCAUUUGAAGAGAAUGAAAAUGAGGAGGAGAUCCCAGAAGAGACUCUCUCGGUUGGGGCCGUGCUCACGAUGGUAGGAGAUGACCUGCACUAUGUCACCUACCAGCCCUCAGACCCUGGCUGUCAAAGCACAGGCAUCAGCAGCAGUGUCCACGAUGGAGACGACCCAGGGGAGACCCAUCAGAUGGAUCACAAGCCGUACACUGCAGCCCCAGGAAAAAGGAACAACUCCGUACACACAAUGGCCCAGUCCUCCACUCGCUCCUUCUCCAAGUCCGCUUCCAAACUGCCCAGCCACAGAGCCAGCCCUGCCCUGAGUGCAGAGGCCAGCCCUGGAGUGGUUUAUACCACCGUGGACUGGAGGGAAACGAGGGCUGAUGAGGGAGUGAUCUCUCGCUGCUGACACCUCAAACCUAAAACUCAGAUAAACUCAGAUAGAUAUUAGCUGCAAAGUUUGACUACUUGACCUGUUUUAUUUACUUACACAAAUAUGGCCAUAAUAUCAUUCUAAAGUAAUAGGUUAAGAAGUCAAAUGUUGCAACUCCCUUUUUCUUGAAAAACAGCAGCAGACAACUUAAAGGUCUCUCAAGCAGUCUCAAGUGUCUGUUUGUUUGCUUCUUUAAAAAAAAAAAAAAAAACAGUAAACACUUUGAAAAGUGGCAAUAGUAUUCAACUAGACAAGACUAUCAAUUCAAAUCUUCAUUGUUAAGUUGUACUGUAAUGAAUUGGAUUGAGAGUUGGAAUGAAGUUGUUUUCCGACAGUGUCAAUAAGGAAUUUGUCAGGAACUGAUUAUUGGAAUUCAGUUUGGAAAGAAUAGUUCAGUUCAGCUCUAAUUACAUCUGAAUUCCUGCAGCUUACUGUUAGCAUGUUACUAGUGGUCAAAGACACAGCAGUGUGCAGUUAACUGUGACCCUAGGUUAGAGCUAGCAGGUCAGUGUUAGAACAUAAGAACAUAAGAACAUAAGAAAGUUUACAAACGAGAGGAGGC